AUGAAGUUCAUGCAUAUUCUCUUCGUCGCCCUCUUUAGCAUGGCGCUUGCCGCGGAGAAUGCGGAGCCAACGACCCUUGGACGUUGUGGUGAUUAUUGCCGGCGGGACCGAGACUGCGAGGGUCGUGGCCGUUGCGACUAUUGCCAUCGAAAAAUGAACAAAGGAAAAGAGAUGAGGGGGCAGGCAAAAGCAAAGAGAAAAGAGGAAGGUAAGGCCUCCCGACAGGAGAAAAAGCAAACAAACCAAAGUACAUACAUGCAUAAAUCAUUCCACCCCUUUUUGACCAACCCUCGACUUCUACCCCACGCCUUACCCCAUGGGAUAAUCCGUGUCGUCAAAAUCAUCCGACACUUCUUCAUCCGCGAUCUCACAGGGUCGCCCCAUUUUCGUCAGCACGACAUCAUUCGGGUCAUCUUCAAGACGACAGACCCCAUCUCGUCUGCGAUAUAA